AUGUCUACUACAUCUCAUUGUAUACCACAGGAACCACAACCUGAGUCACCCCGCUCUCAAGUCUCUCAGGUCCCCGCCCUCACAUACUCAUCAUCUUCUUCCUCUGAACUCGAAGCCGAAGAGAUUGAACCACGACGUCGUCGGGCUUCCACUAAACUCAUUUCACAAAAUGCUACCGAUAUGCAAAGAAUCAUUGGGGAGGCGGGCACAAAAUUGGUGGAAAAAUGUUGUGGUGGGGGUUGCUGUAUGGCAAUCACCAAAACCGAUAGCCUCACAUACGAAAGACCUCGAUUACCAGAUAAUGACGCUUACAAGAGUUUGGAAUUAAAGAUCGAAACUAUUCCUACACGAUUGACAAGUCUGCCAGAUUUUUCCACGAAGAAUAUGGAGAUUCUCCCUCUAAAGAAAGAGAAAGCUCGGGAUUUGGUCGAUGGUAUGGAUUCUUUGGAGGUCAAUGAGAAUAGGGGAGCCAUUACUGUCGAACCUCCUAUGGAUGUCGCAGAUGCCGCAGAUAUAAAGGAGGCUAUUUCGCACAUUGACUCAGGGAUUGGUAUGGGAAAUGGUUCAAUUGACUUCACACCGCAUCAUGCCAAGUCCGAUGUCGAUACAAGAGUUCAGCCACCUUCAUUCGUUAAACCACAUCCACCUUAUGAAGUUUACUCGGCGAGAAUAUUCAAUGCAAGAGAGUUGACGAGACCUGGUGCUGAGAAGAGAACAUAUCAUUUUGAUUUGGAUGUUACGGAUUAUCCUGAGGAAGGUGGUGUGGAUUUCAAGGUUGGUGGUGCAAUUGGUGUCAUGGCUCCAAAUGAAGACUCAAUGGUUGAAGAAAUCUUGGAUUUGUUAUCUAUCCCGAGACAUCUUCGUGAUCGAAAGAUUUUAUUGAAGACUUAUUCUGGAAGAUGGCCUACAAUUUGGGGAGAUGACCAGCCAAGAGAAUUAAUCACAACCAGACGAGAUUUAUUGACUUGGUGUUCUGAUAUCCAGUCAUAUCCUCCCAACAAGAAGAUUUUACGAUUACUCGCCGAAUAUGCUAUUGAUCCCGAGGAAAAGAAGAUUUUAUUAUAUCUGUGCUCAGGGGAAGGGCAAGGAACAUUUUGCGAUUUUCGAACUGGACCACAUAUCACCAUCCCUCAUCUUCUUCACGCAUUCCCCUCUAGUAAACCACCUCUCGAUCAUCUCCUCUCAGUACUCGAAACCUUGAGACCUCGAUUUUAUUCCAUGUCCAACGAUCCUCAGGAGAAUUGUGUACCAGUGGAAGGUUGUAGUCGACUCAUCGAAAUUGCAGUUACUGUUCAUGAAACAAAUAAUUGGCGCGGUGGCAAUCGUAUCGGUCUGGGGUCAGGAUUCUUUGAACGACAAGCAAGAAAAUUUAUCGAGGCUCAAAAGGAAGGAAAAAAGGUCAAUAUCAGAAUUCCUAUGUUCAAGGGGUUGAUGGCCAAUCCACUCGCUCGAGAAUUUGUUUCUGAUGGACCUAUGCUUUUGAUUGGUGCAGGUGUAGGAGUUGCUCCUUUCCGAGGAUUUGUUCAAAGACGUCUCAAGAAUGCCAAUUGUGCAAACAAAGUAUGGGUUCUUCAAGGAGUUCGAGAUUCUCUUCUGGAUGAAUUAUAUUCUGGUGAAUGGGGUGUACAUGAAUCGGAAGUCAAGAAGGUGGUACAAAGUCGAAGACCAGGUAGCAAACAAAAGGGGAAAUACGUACAAGAUGAAGUUAGACAUCAAGCCGAUUUGGUCUGGUUUAUCAUCAAUGCCCUGGAUGGUAGAGUGUUUGUUUGUGGUAGUAGUAAGGGAAUGGGUGAGGGGGUUGAAGAGGCCCUGGUGGAUGUUGCGAUGGAGAAGGGUAAUUUGGGUAGAGAAGAGGCAAAGAAGUUUUGGAAGUUGAAAGGUGAAGCUGGGCAAUAUAUUGCUGAGACUUGGUGA